ACUUAAAUCAAAAUUAUUGUGCUUGCUAAAAAUGGAUAACUUUCGUGUGCCUAAAAAAGUUAAUCGGCAUGUUCUCAAAGCUAUUUCCGUUCUCCAAUCGUCAAGAACAGAUUUCGUCCGCUAUGAUAAAAUAGUUAAUCAAGUUAAGUUCCAAAUGCGCUACCACAAGCCGGUUAUCGAUGUGGACGAGUUCAUCAACGACUCUCUUACCAAUAUGCUGAACAUGGGCUUACUGUCACGUUUGGGACGAUCAAAAUAUGCAGUUAGCAGUCCAAUUUUCGGGACUGUGGGAAGGGCAGUGGCCAAACCCAAUACAAAAGUACCAGGUAAUCCUGGUACCUCAAAACGACGUACGGUCCAGAAUGCUCGUUGCAAGCGGAGCACUGGUCGUUUAAAUCCAUGGAAGCCGGCGACCAAGCUCGUUAGCGAUGACUCUUUAUCUGGAAACGAGAUGGAAAAGAUUCGUAAGAGAAUGCGCUGCAAUACGAAGCGUAUUAUGAAAAAUAAACGAGUAGUAACCUAUCCGCAACCAGGGUGCAAUAAGACCCGAGAGAAUUCCAGUAUAAAGAUUCUACUCAAUCCAAGGUUAUCUGCCCAUAAAGGACUGCGCAUUAUUCGAAACCUUCAAAAAGAAAUUUGCGAUGAUUGCCUUCCAUCGGUUUUGAUGAUUAAUGUUAGAAUGGAUACAGAUGAGGAUCAAUAUCAUGAUUCGGAUUCUUCGGCGACUUUAAUUAGCUCUGAUAGCUCUGCUAGUCAUUCGUCUGGAAAGGAAUCUGAUGUUGAAAAUGCUUCAGUGAUUGGACUUUGUGGAAGUCCUUAUGAUAUACGCUCUCUACAGGUGCCGCAGAUAGAACAGCGAAUGGAAGAGGAAAUAGCGCCGGAGGUAGCAGAAGCGUUUGGACAGGAGGUUAAACAUCAAAUUGAACAGAAAAUUGAAAAUCAAAUUGAACAGCCAAUUGAACAACAAAUUGAAAAGCAAAUUGAACAGCAGAUGGAACAGCAAAUGAAAGAUCAAGAUAAUCGGUCUUCAUCGCGUGUUUCAGUCUUGCAAAAUGACCACCAAACAGCUUCCCAAAAGGCCUCUUCUUUAUCAUCCAUUGCAGCAGGCAAGGUAGUAUCUGAUGAAUUACAAGACAAAUUAACUAAAAAAAAUAAGGGCGAAAUAACUGAGAACAAGCUAUCAUUAAUAUCUGAAAAAGAUUCUCCGAAUCCCCAGGAGAUACAAAACGAAAUCUCCGAGGAAGCACAAACUUUAAUAUCUCGGGAGGAAUUGCUCAAAUCACGCUCGCAAAGUCCAAAAUCUUCCCUAUCUUUAGAAGUUCAAGGACUCUUAGAAGAACAAGGAACUUUUCUUGAAGGAGUUCAGCCUUUUAUAACUGAAGAAAUCGUAGGAACCCAAAUUUCAAAAUCCUUUAUUGCCCAAGAAGCAAUUUCUGAGCAGAAAACCGAUAGCGCAUUUAAUUUUGACUUUUAUAAAUGAUUUGAAUAAUAAAACUAAUCGAGUACCCGCGCCAGCAUCGAUAUAUCGAUAGUUGGCUUGCGUGACUUUUUUUGUAAAAUCACA